AUGUUGGAGAUCACUAAUUUACUUUGUCAAGCUUUGCAAUGCCGAUCUCAAGACAUCUUAAAUGCUAUGAAUCUAGUUUCAUCUACCAAGGCACUUCUGCAAAAGUUUAGAGAUGACAAAUGGGAUGCUUUACUAGCCAAUGUGCAAUCAUUUUGCGAGGUACGUAACAUUGAUGUCCUGAAUAUAAAUGCUCCUUAUAUUAGGAGAAGAGGUCGAGCUCGUGAUCAUCAAGAUGACUUUACAGUUGAGCAUUAUUAUCGAGUAGAUAUUUUUUAUGCUGCAAUAGAUUCUCAACUACAAGAAUUAAAUGGACGGUUCAGUGAACAUGCAGUAGAGUUGCUUAAUCUUAGCUCAGCUCUAGAUCCUCGAGAUGUGUCUGAAACUUCUAGAAUCGACGAUAUUUGUCGGUUAGUAGAAAAUUUUUAUCUGCAAGACUUCAAAGAUCAAGAGAAAAUACAGUUGAGAAUGCAACUUCACCAUUACGAGCAUAAUGUAGUUCAGCAUGCAGAUUACAAAAAAUUGUCUACUAUUUCUGAAUUGUUUUCUACUGCAACUACGGAGCGAUCAUUUUCGGCCAUGAAAAUUGUCAAAAGUAGACUUUGCAACAAAAUGGAAGAUGAAUUUCUUACAGACUCUUUGCUUGUGUACAUUGAAAAGGAAAUUGCUGAAAAUUUUACCACAGAGUCAAUCAUUAAAGACUUUCAAGAUAUGAAAGAAUGUCGAGUUCCACUUUGA